GGUCUGUGUUUGUGCACAAGGAUGGGUCUUCAGCCACAAUCUACGUCCUGCAGCCGUGGAUUGUCAGCCUCUUGUUGAAGGAUGACCGGCUGGGUGACCAUGAGAAUUUCCUGGCUGGGCAGGUGGUGCAGGAGGAGCUUUGCUUUGCCCAUUUCUGGCAGCUUUGACUGAUUUUUCACCAGGUAGGCGUGCCCUGCUCUUGUCCAAGAUGUUUGUGGGUCUCAGAGGCCAUCUCUCCUAGGCUUACACUUGCAGGCUGCCUUGUCUUCCUCCUUGUCCACUUUGCAUCCCACCCUUGCUUGUAACGUGCCAGUUGAUGAUGGAGGGUCCUGACAGUAGCACAAGGCAGAAGCGGGACCUGCUGAGGUGUCUGGAGUCUCAUCUUGUCUGACAGUGACCCUUGGUGGGACUUGUUCUCCUCUUCUGGGAGAGCUUCUUCCUUAGCGGUUCAGGACAUGGAGAUCUAAGGCACAAAACCUGCUCCUGAAAGCUUUAGUCAGGGGACUCUGGGAUGUCUGAGGCUUGAUCAGAAGGAGGAAGGAAGCAGGAGGAACACAGCUGAGUGGUGUCAGUGCUGGUGUGGGCUUGGAAGGUUUGAAUGAAGAUGCUGUGAGACAACUGGAUGCACAAGCAGGUGUUGAAUGGGCCUUGUGAUGGGUUACUGAUGAGUGCUGGAGAAACCCAGCUACAGUGUUCUGGUUUGUGGUUCCCCCACAGCCUUUGGGUGCUAUAGCAGCAUCCCACCAUGGACAUUAUCGUUUAUGGCCACCUCCUGACAUCUUUUGGGGAAGGAGAUGUUUGAGGGAGCUCACGUCUCCUCACUAACAGGGGAAGUUAGGAAGGAAGAGGAUGGGCAUUGUGAUUUAAAUAGGAGGAGAGAUGAGGUGGGGAGAAAUAAGCAACACUGAGUGAGAGCCAACUCUGUGGUCCUGUUCCUCAUUCCAUCUGAAGACAUGGAGGUGGUGGAAUCACUGUUUCCCUCUCCUAAGUUCUCUCUCCCAAGCUGGAGAUCUCUUGUGCCUGGGCUGAUGAAGUCACCAGUGAAUGAGGGAAUCCCCUCUCACCCAAGGUCUCAGGGGUUGAUGGGGAGAGUUCUCCCAGUGUGACCACUCUUCAGCCUGUCCCCACACCCUGGAGAACAGUUGGACCCUGGGCUCCGGCCGUGCCUUCCACCAUCUGUUUCCAAACUAUAACUCCCAAACCUACCCUCUUCUUCAGGUUUUUUUACCCAUUCCUGAGAGCAGCCCUGCCCGCUGCUGCCACUGGUGCUGUCCUGAAGCGUGGGCUGAGCCCACUCCACCUCUGCUGCCCGCCAGGAUUUACCCAUAGUGACAACCACACUGUGUGUCUGAGAUCACCGACCAGGCGCUUCCUGAACUCUGCCAGGCUUGGUGCCGUGACAGCUUUCCCGGCUGAGAUUUCUUUUCUCCUCCUCCCCAAUGUGUUGGCAGGUCCUGAGUGACUCGGCUGCUCCUGGCCAGCCUGGGGUCUUCGGGGGUGUUUCCCUGCAGGUCACCGAUGGAUCCCACUACGUCCGCGUGGUCGUUUCCCCCAACGCUCUGCAGAUAAAGGACAAUUCCCACGUGUGUGACAGUGCUGGCGGCCUCACCUGCAGAAUUAUCGUCCUGCAGAAGUACAGAGUGUGUUUUCAGGAGGAGGCCAGGCUGGAGGACUGUGAGUUUUACCUCAAGGCCCAGGAUUUCAUCAUGCUGCCCAUCCAGAGGCAGAAGAUAGAAUCAGCCGACGGGAACCAGGAGCCUUCUGUGGUGAAGAAGAUGAAGGAGCUGUGGCUGAAGAAUCCUGCUGUGAGGAACACUCCCAGCUCAGACCCCUCCAUCUCUCAGCUGAUAGAUGCCAUAGGACACAACCAGAUGGAGACUUUGAAGGAAAACGCUGAGGAAUGCUUGGAUUUACGGUUGCCCCCGGAGAAGCCAGAGGCGGCGACGGACGAGGUUCCUGUCACCAAGUGGGAGGCAGAGCGCAAGAAAGAGCAAGGUGAGGAUGUUUUCAUGGUCCCAGUCAACAACCUGCUGAUCCCUCCUGAGGAGGAGGAAGUUGCUUGUGAUUCUUCCAAGGCAGAUACAAACAAAACAGCUCCUGGGAAGAGUAGUGAUGACAGGACAGUGCCAGGGGACCCAAGUGUCGUAUCCCAAGCCAGCUAUGCUGAGUCACUAGCCUUGUCAGAUAGCCUGGAGGGAUCCAUGGACAACCCCUGGAACAGGAUCCCCCCAUUGUCUUUGACCCCGAGCUCUUCAGAUGAGAAGAACUUUCCACCUGACGCUUCCCUGAAGAGCCAGAAAGAUGUGGCUGAUGACAGCAACACCCCUGACCUGCUAGAACUGUGUAACCAGGACUCUCCCAAGGGAUUGCAACAGGGAGAGCCAGUACAGAUUUCCUCUCCCUCCCUGCUCUGCUCCUACAGCAGUCCCAGUCUGGUGAAGACCAACACCAGCCAGGCAGCAUCAGCUUUGGGGGCAGCCUGUGGUGCUGAAGACCCUGAGGGAUCCAGGGGCUCUCAGGCCCCCCUGCCGACUCUCUCUCCAGAUUUCCCUGUCUCUCCCAGCAGCAGAUUGCAAUCCAUGCCCGACAGGAUGCCUCACGGGGAGCAGGCAUGCCCCAGUGGCACAGCUCUCCCUGCAGAUGCGUUGAAGCCUUGUCCAGUUCAUGCCAGGACACGGAACCAAGCUGCUAGGGGGGGCAAGAGGAAGCUGAUGGUAGAAGAUGACCAGGAGCUGCUGACCCCCCGUGGGCAGCAGCAGCCCCAAAGCACCCCAAAGGGCAGGGGGACAGGCAGGGGCAGGAGAUCAGAGCUUGUGAGCCCACAGGGGGCAAAGAAGAGCAGAAAGGAGACAGGGCUGCAACGUGGAAAGGAGCUUGAGGAAGAGGAGGAGAAAGAAGAGCAAGCAUCAUCCUCUGCGAGCGGCCCCAGCUCCAGGCCGGAGCAGCGCAGAAGAACUCUGGAGCCGUAUGUGAGUAAACCAGCCCAGUACCAAUACGAGGCUCCAAGCCCCGAGCUCUGCCAGCAGAUACAGUCUAUCAGGAUCUCCAAGGCAAUGCUGAAGUGGGCGUGCUGGGUACUGACAGAGGAGGAGGAGGAGGAGGAUUCCUGAGCCCACCCCCUUCUUCAUUCUGUCCUUCUUUUGCCAUAUCCACUAAAACACUGGGAAGAGCAGCUGGAGGGGGAUGUGGGGACACCAGGACCCAUGUGCCCAGGAGGAGGACCACUGAGGGGGUUGGCCUGGCUGCAAAGACCCUGGCUCCAGGGAUGCUGGGACAUGACCUGUUGAAAGCCAGCACCCUCAGCACCAAGAGGGGAAAAAAAUCCAUGCAGGAAUUUCCUGCAUGCGAGCUGGUAUCCCUCUCCCUCCUUGCCAUCCUUUCCAAAUGCCUUGGCCCAGUGAGCAGGGAUGAGAGGUGACCCAGUGCCACUGUAGCAGCGAUGGCAGAGGCCUGACAACCUGAUCCCCUCUCUGAAGGUGCCCCAGGACUUUGGAUGUUUUAUUGAUUAGUUUGGGUAGGGUCCUGCACCGUUUGUUACAAAAAAAUAUCCCGCAGGGUUAUGCUGUAGAAAUUAAAAAUAAAAAUUGUAUAUUUUUUAAA